GCAAGAAAUCUUGUUUAUGUUUGUUAUUUCAUUGAUUGAUGGCUGGACGCUGGUGAACGCCAAAAUGGUCUGUUUUUCCUGUUUUGAUAACUCAAAUUUUACUCUUUACCUCGUAUUGCAACCCGAACGAGUUUUGAACCAGCUUUACUCGUCGGACAAGUCGACAGGGGAUGCCCGGUAACGCCGACAGCAACAUUUUCAAGAAAAUUAAAGUAUAAUCAAUUGACAAACAGAUCAGCAUCAGAUUUAGUUCUGUCGAGUACCAGCUGUUCAUUUUGGCUCUUUCCCAAUUUCAAAAUAAAAUUUUGUUUCAGUGCACCGUUGAAUUGCUGCAUUGCUUUCGAUGUGGAACUUUAAAAGUUUGAGGGACCAUCAACAAUGAAGGUGAUCGUUUUUUUUUGUUUCAAUUCCCACGCGUGUCAAUCGGCCCCACUCUCCCCUACCUUUGGCUCAACGUGAUCUUUGAGGACAAGGAACAACACGUUCUGAAUCUCCUUCGAUUUUACAUGCAAAUCGAAAAGUAAUGCCUUAAGCUAUUCACCAAAGUCCAAAGUCAAACAUUUACAAUUUUGUAGCAUUCAAUAACAUUCCUCUGUGAAAAUUCAUUUUAAUUCCAUCUACUUUUCUUUCUGCUUCUAAUUUUGAUGUUUUUCAGGGGGUUUAGUUCUUUUUGGUGUUUUGUUUUGUGGACAUAGUUCUUUUUGCUAUGCCAAUGGAGAAUUGAAGGGUCCUACUUACGAAUACAUAAAGAAAAUGCUGAAUGUAGUGUCCAUCUUCCUUAUCAGUAACCGAGAGCUCGGUGUAGUGAAAUCUAAGAAUGUAAUAUUUAGAAAAUGAAAACCUUUGUGUUCUAUGUGCUAGCUGGGCCCUACUAGAUUUCUUAUUUUUCUUUGUUAAUUUUUCACCGUAUGUAAAAAUGAUGUUUCCACCCAGGAUCGAACUGAGGACCUUCAGCGUGUUAGGCCGACGUGAUAACCACUACACUAUGGAAACUUAAAUGACUGAUCCAAAUAAACAAAAAAUUUGUAGAUGAGCAAUCGAAAACUAGAAAAUUAAGUGUUUCUCCUCCAAAAAAUCAAGCAUGAAAAGGUUCAUCGGUAAAUGUUCAAGGUUAAAACAAAAAUUUUUGGACUGCUGCGCACACGUUCUGUUGCUUACCCCACCUGCAUCUGUGGUCGUUUGGUCAUUUUCAUUUGAUAAAACCAUCGCUUUUUUUCCCCUCCAAAAACGACAUUUGUGUUUGACUUUCGCAGGUCAUGGAAGUCGGCAGAGGGCACUGGCAGUCACACUUGCUUAAAAACUUUAGUAAAAAAAUUCAAUUUGGUUUUAGUGCGUCCUUUGAGCUAUUGCAUUAGUGACGAUCUGGGAACAAUCAAACGUCUGAACUACAGUCGAGGUGAUCUCCAACCGAAUUGCACGUGUGUGUGUGUUGCGCUGUGUUAAAACACGUUCCGGCGAAAGUUGGUGAUAAACCAUAGGUGUCUUAUUUUCCCAAUUCGUUCGUUUCAAGAACUUACCGAGGAUAUCAUGGGAGUUCUUAACCUAUUAGCAGCCAUCUUUACGCUGUUAUGUUUCAGCCGUGCGAGCAGCAUCUAUCAAACACAGCGGGAUACCAUCGGAAUUAAAGAAGAUAUCGCCGAUGUCCAGUUUCCGUUCAGACCGAGCCCUUACUAUGCCCAGCAGGAUAACAACUUCGAUGAAGCUGAAAGACAAAUCAACACAACUAUGAUGGACGAUAGAUCUUGUUACACAGCAGAAGGCAGAUUUGGUUCUUGCAUGUCGUUUCGUUCGUGCUACCCAACGUCAGAAUUAAGCUAUCUGCAAACGUGGUCUGUGAUUAUGCAAAUCGCUUGCAGCUACACCGUAAAAGACGGAAAACAGAUGCAUGGAAUUUGUUGCCCAAAACAUGUAGCCAUUAUUCACUCUGGCCUUAGUAACGAUAUUCAAAUCAUGCCGUUGGUGAUUAUGCCAUACCCAGCGAUACUAUACCCGUUGAUGGUCGCCAAUGUCACGCUGCCACUUCCAGCUGAAACUACCAUUUCACCCUCAUCGCCACUAACGGAAAAGCAAGUGGCCAUCGAAUCGAAGCAAAUCAAUUGUGGCGUGGGACCAGAAAAAAUAUUGAGUCUCGAAGAAGAUCGUAUCGUAGGCGGUACCGAUGCUGUUAAGAAUUCUUGGCCCUACGUGGUGGCAUUAAAGUACUCGGGGCGGUUUUUUUGUGGCGGAUCAUUGAUUUCUUCAAAUAGAGUCCUGACUGCGGCCCAUUGCGUGGACUUUUUUUGGCCAUGGGACUAUUUGCGUUUGACUGUAGAGCUGGGCGUUCACGUCUUGUUCCCGACAAGUGACGCCCUGUUGUCCAGAAGGGUAUUCAAGGUGUUACGCCACAGAGAUUACAAUCCCAACACCGGGGAGAAAGACAUUGCCAUCUUGAAUUUAAAAGUUCCCGUGAAUUACGUGACGGCCAUUUCACCCGUCUGCUUGCCAGCGCCAGGGACUACUGACACUUAUGUUGAUCAAGAGGCUGCCAUCAUCGGCUGGGGAUCGUUGAAUAAUCAAAUUGGACCAUUGCCCGAUGUCUUACAGCAGGCCACCGUUAAAAUUAUCAGCAACGCUGACUGUCAAGCUAGCUACAACAACUUGGGAGUAACCAUCAAAGAUAACAUGAUUUGCGCUGCUGCACCCGGCAUAAGUUCCUGCUUCGGUGAUAGUGGCGGUCCGUUGCUUCUACAAUCAUCACCUACAGGACCUUGGACUGAGGUCGGCAUUGUUAGCUUUGGAACCGAGGUAUGCGCCAGUCCGGACUAUCCAGUAGUAUACACGAGAGUGGCAUCUUUCUCGUCCUGGAUUUCGCAAAGGAUCGUGUGAUCAGCCUACCUCAACUUGCAUCUCUCGUUGCCUUUCAGCGUUCGAUGACCGCAUUUUUAACAGUGUUUGUUGCUGCGAAGUUUCUAUUUUAUUUCUAUUUCAUUAUUAUUUUGAAGAGGUUACUUUUAAGGGGCACAUUUAUCGAAUGACAAAGAUUUUCUUUUUGUUAGGUUUUUGCAUUUCCAUUUCGGAAAUCUUAGGUUUCCUAUAUUUUUUAUUGUUUUUUUCUGUGAGAUGUGAAUAACGCCAUUUACGCUACUGAAGACAGAAUUUUCAAUUGCAAUCGUGCGUUAAAGCAAGCACAAAUUUGAUGCAGAAUCUUGUUCGAGUCUUUAGUUCAAUUCAUUAAAUCUUUUAUUGAAUUUUUAUACAUUCAAAUAAAUUGGUUAAAUUAA